AUGGCGCCCAAGACCAUCAUCGCCCCGUCGAUCCUGUCGGCCGACUUUGCGCAGCUCGGGCAUGACUGCGCGCGCACCAUGGAGCAGGGCGCGGACUGGCUCCACGUCGACAUCAUGGACGGGCACUUUGUCCCCAACAUCACGUUUGGAGCCCCCGUCGUGGCCAAGAUUCGCGGGCACGUCGACCGGCCGACCGAGGCGCACGGUCGGGGCACGUUUGACUGCCACAUGAUGAUUGCAGAGCCCAAGAAGUGGGUCAAAGACUUCAAGAAGGCCGGCGCGGACAUGUACUGCUUCCACUACGAGGCGGCCUUCUCGUCGGCGGCCGAGAGCCCUGAGGAGACGACGGACGCCAAGACGAGCCCGCGCGAGCUGAUCCGCUACAUCCACGACCAGGGCCUGCAGGCGGGCAUCGCCAUCCGCCCGGACACGUCUGUGGACGUCCUGUGGGACAUUGUCGAAGCCGAGGACCCGAGGGACAAGCCUGAUAUGGUGCUCAUCAUGACCGUCAUGCCCGGCUUCGGCGGCCAAAAGUUCAUGGCCUCGGAGCUGCCCAAGGUCGAGGCCCUCCGGAAAAAGUACCCCGAGCUCAACAUCGAGGUCGACGGCGGCCUCGGCCCCGCGACCAUCGACCAGGCGGCCGACGCGGGCGCCAACGUCAUCGUCGCCGGCAGCGCCGUGUUCGCGGCCAAGGACCCCGCCGACGUCAUCGCCGCGCUGCGCCAGUCGGUGGACAGGCGAAACGGCAGGUUGUAG